UCUCACUCCUCUUCUCCUAUUUAUUUCUGUGCCCACACCCAAUACUCUUUCCCCCUUUCUCUCUUUUUCUCUCUUUCUCUCUCUCUCUAUUCUCACCGGUGGUGGAGUACAGUUAUAGAAACAAUAAUGGAGCAAAACCUGGCAGAGCAUGCAGCAGCAGCAACGUUGUGCUCAAACCUGAAACGAAGCGAGUCCGAGUUGGCUCUUGCAGAGUUUAUAAGGAGCCCCACGACCGAAACCCGAGACACAGCUCAUCCUUUCGCUGAAGAACUCGAUGUCAUUUUCGGUGAUGGUGAUCUUGGCUUUUCUUUCAAACAUAAGGACUUAAUAACUUUAUUUUCAAGUUGUGGUGGACUAACUGAAACACUUCUAGGUUCUCAACAUCUCACUUUCAAGCAAUCCAACUUUGCAGCAACCAUGGACGCCCAGUCAUCAAUUUGUGAAUCUGUAAUCUGUCAAGUUAGCAGUCCAACCUCGGAUAAUAAACCAAAUGUUGGUGAUAAUCAAGCAAGAGGAACUACCAGUGGUUCCUCGCAUGAUCAAUCAGAUGACGAAGAUGCUGAGUUUGAAGUUGGUCCAUGUGAGCAGAGCACAGACCCCACUGAUAUAAAACGCAUCAGAAGGAUGGUUUCUAACAGGGAGUCUGCUAGGCGAUCAAGAAAAAGAAAACAAGCACAUCUACAAGAGCUUGAGCUGCAGGUUGAACAGCUGAAAGGAGAAAAUGCGUCUCUAUACAAGCAGCUCACAGAUGCUACUCAACAGUAUCGCGUUGCUGAUACAAACAAUCGAGUCCUAAAAUCAGAUGUGGAAGCUUUGAGAGCCAAGGUGAAGUUAGCUGAAGAUAUGGUUACUCGAGGCUCCGUAAACUCUACUUUGAUUCAGCUUCUUCAGAGUCAUUUAGGUACACCGCAACCUCUUAAUGCCCAGAAUCUGCGUCGGGGUCCAAAUGUCGCACCAACCAUCACAGUCACCGUCCAUGGCGAUGAUGCCUCAUAUGCUGGAAUGACAGUUUCUGGGCAGAAUCCCGGCAUUGGACUUGGACACACCAAUAUUAAUAAUAGCAAUAUGAAAACUGGAAUCAUGAGUGGUCCAAUGUUAAAUGAAGAUACUCUAUUUUAAGUGUCUUCAUUACAAUGUUCAUGCAAUAGUAGAGAGGUCAUGGCCAUGCCAACAUGAUUAUUUUGGCAAGAGUUGGCUGGUCUUCAUGAUUGAGGUCUACAUCCAAUAUCAAAUGCAUAGCAAGGUUGAGCUCAUGGAUGUAUCUUAUGUUGAAGACUGAUGGCUGUAUAUUAAUCGUCAGUAUCGUUUAGGCUUAACAAGAUGAGCUUGGUGUUUAGUUUGUCAUCAAUUGGGGACCUUUAAUAUUUUGAAAAAUUAAAAUUGUUGUCAAUGAAACCUCUCAAAUGGCACAUCUUGUCCUUGUCCUUGUAAGGGAGAUGAAUGGUGAGAUUGUGAGUUCAUGACCACUAGAUGAGUGUAAUUAUCAAUAAAAGAACUAAAAUUUAAAA